UACUGUUAUCACAUUUGUAUAUUUGUUAACUUGGUGUUAACAUGGAAACACAAAAGAUAUAUCAACAACAAGAGGUCGUAGUUGAAAUAUUUCAGAGGUUGUCUGCAAUGAGAGAUAGUAAAUUAUGCGACAUAACUUUGGUUGUGGAUGGUGUCAAAAUACAUGCGCACAAAGUUGUGCUUGCUGCUUGUUCAGAAUUUAUGAAAACAUUAUUAACAGGAGACUUUAAAGAAUAUCAACAACCAACGAUCAAAUUAUCAGAAAUAAAUGCCGAAGCAGCGAACCACGUCGUUAACUAUAUGUAUGGCUCAUCCAUCGAAAUAACGAUAGAUAACGUUUUUAACAUACUCCAUAUUUCACGGUUGUGGUUCGUAAAUACUUUGUUGAAAGAGUGUGAACAAUUUUUGAUGAAAACCCUUAAUAUUUCUAAUGCAUUGUUAAUUUGGACUAAUUUUCGUUUAGUUGACAAUAUGCUAAUAAAAAGAAGAGCUGAAAAUAUUGUGGGAUAUUAUUUUACUCAUAUAAUGAACUCCGGAAAAUUUAUGGAAUUAAAAAUUGAAGAAUUAAUCGAACUUCUAAGCAAAGAUUCAUUAUUAAUUAAAGCGGAGAGACAAAUAUUUGAAUGCGUAAUUUCUUGGAUAAAACACGAUCAAGAAAGAAGAAAAGUUUAUCUUGCUGAUAUAAUAGGAUCAGGAUGUAUUCGGAUGAGUUUGUUAUCCAGGACCUAUUUAAAUAAUUGUUUGCUUCGAAAUGAAUUAAUUAAGAACAAUUAUGAGCUUAUUAAUAAAGUUCAAUCCCAAUUUACAUUAGAAGCAAAGCCUCGGAAAGUCAAGCAUAAUAAAGUAUUGUUGGUUAUGGGCGAAUCACCACAAAAUUCCUGCUCUGUGGAAUAUUAUAACAUUAAUACAGAAACCUGGCACAAAUUGCCCACCAUAAUUGAAUCUUUUCAUGCAAUUUCCUUCAGUUAUAUAAAAGACGUACUGUAUGUCGUUUAUAGAAGAUGCCUAAGAAAUAACCCUGAAAUUGCAAAAUGCGACUUAACCAGGGGAAUAUUAUUUGGGCGCAAAACGUUAACAAAUCUUAAAACAUCAUUUGAAGAGGUGAUCAUUUUGAAUCAUUUUAUUUAUUCAUUUAGUACAACAAUUACUUUUGGUUUUUCAUCAGCAGUCGCAGAAAAGGUUGAUUUAAUAACUGGCACAACAACAACAAUUAUGCCAAUGAAUGUUAGAAGAAGAGACGUUGCUUUAUGCGUUUUAGACAAUUUUAUAUACGCGAUUGGAGGAACGGAUGGGGUUGAAGCCUUGAAAUGUGUGGAACGUUACAAUAUAGAAAAAAAUUUAUGGGAACGCCUCUCGGAUAUGAACUACCCAAGAAAACGUGCUGUUGCUGCAUCUGUUAAAGGACUAUUAUAUGUGAUCGGAGGUUUGGAUAAAUAUAAUAGUGUGUUAAACACUAUUUCAGUAUACGAUCCCAAUAAUAAAUUGUGGACCGAUAUACCUUCAGAAAUUAAUUUUUGUUGUACCGAACCAUUAUCGAUAACAUCUUAUAAAAAUAUGAUAUACGUAUUUGGCAAAGUUGAUUCGUAUCAUCACCUAGAUACGAAUCGCGUUGUAGUUUUUAAUCCAGAAACAAAAACUUGGAAUGAAGAUUUAAUUAAAUCAAGUAGCUGCUUGACUAAAACAAUUUAUGGGGCUGCAUUAAUGGAUGUUUUGGAAACUAUGAGAGAUAUUCCAGUUUAAGAGCGAACAAUAUAUGAAUAUUAAUAUUUAGAAUAUUAGAUUUUUUUUGAAUUAUAAUGUUAAGAUUAGGUUUAGUUUGUAAAUUUUCGACAAAACGAAACAUAUUAAAAACUUGAAAUUUUCAAUUAAAUAAAGUUAUGUGAUC